AUGGGCAAAAGAGGGGAAGCCAAAGAUUCUUGGAUACGUUUUUCUAGCGAUGGGGAAAGACAUGCAGAUGAUUCUGGUCGAUGGCCAUCUAAAGGUGUAUUUGCUUCAAUCUCUCAACGUUCAAAAGAGCCACAAAAACAAUAUACGCUUGCUGCAGAGAUGGAAGAUAUCCAUAUGGGUGAUACUCAUCUAAUUUCAUUGAAUGAUUGUGGUGUGGAUGACGAUGAACCAUCAUGUGAUCAAUAUGUAGUUUUGAUUGUUGCUCAACAUCGAAAUAAAUUUGAUUUUACUGCUCUCGAUUUGGCAAAAACAGCAAAACAACUUAAAGCAACUGUUCAUUUACCUCGUAUUGGUGUUGGUUCUCAAGGUUUCAAUUGGUAUGGUACUGAAAAAUUGAUCAAAAAAUAUUUGUCUUCUCGUGGUAUUCCAACAUAUAUUUACUAUUUCAAACGUGAAAGUGCUACAACGAAUAAUAAACGAACCAAUGAACAAUCGUAUGGAAAUAAUAAACGAUUAUCUAUUGAAAAGGGUACAAUCAAUAAGAAUCGAUUGAAACUUCAUUUGCCUUGUUAUCUAUCUGGUGUACACAUCUUUUUUCAUGAUAUUGAUGAGAAUACGAAAAAAAGAUUACAACGUUUCGUUUAUGCAUUUGAUGGUGAUGUUAAUGAAACAGCUGAUCCUGAUACAAUAACACAUAUUUUAGCUGCAGGUAAUUGUCAAGACAUACUUGCUUUACGAGAUGCUUGUCCAAAUGCUUGUGUUAUUAAUAUUGAAUGGCUUGAUGCAUGUAUCAGCCAAGGAACAAGACUCAAUACAGAUAUUUAUGAACUGUGA